UAUUAAUUAAACAAAUACUACCACCACACAUUCCUUUCUUCUUCUUCAUCAUCUUCUCACCUCUCUCUCUCUCUCUCCCUCCCUCCUAGGGUUUCACGUUUCCAUGUGAAAACGGAUUGAGAAUCUCUCUCUCAUUCUCUCUCUAUUUUAUAUUUUCUUUCACGUCAAUUAGGGUUUUUUUGCUGGCGUGAUUCUGAAGGCUUGGAUCUGGAUAUCUUCUUUGUUUCUGAUUGGGACUGGAUAUUCUAAACUAACCUUUCGCGAAGACUAAGGAGCAAAUAGAGCUUCUUUGCUAUGGAAGACUCGGAUUCAGUUGCUACACUGAUAGAUUCUACUACUUCUAAGAUACAACAGCUGCAGAAGGCAUUUGCUGAACUUGAAAGUUAUCGGGCUGUUACUCUUAACUUGAAAUGGAAAGAACUAGAGGAACAUUUCCAUGGUCUUGAGAAAUCCUUGAAGAGGCGCUUUGAUGAAUUGGAAGACCAAGAGAAAGAGUUUGAAAACAAAACGAGGAAGGCUCGUGAGAUACUGGAGAAGCGGGAAGCAGCUGUUUUUGCUAAGGAGCAAGAUUCGUUGCAGAGGCUUCAAGAGAAAAGAGAUGCUGCUUCAUUUGCCAUUGUAAAUGCUCGAGAAAAGCAGAGGAAGAUUUCAUCACGUGAAUUGGCUACUUUCUCUAAUGGUGGUAAAGGAGGGAUGCCAGGAGUGGAGGAGAAACCAGUGGAUACUUUGUCCACUGCAGCUGAAGGUAAUGUGGAAGAUGUAAAACUUCCUGAUAAUGGAAAUGUGGAGUUGGUAUCUUAUCCAGAGUUGGUAAAACUAUGCAAAGAGAUGGAUGCUGCUGGACUUCACAAAUUCAUAUCUGAUAACCGUAAGAACCUUGCUGCUGUAAGGGAUGAAAUACCAAAUGCUUUAAGAGCUGCUCCUAAUGCUGCCUGUUUAGUUUUAGAUUCUCUGGAAGGAUUUUACUGUACAGAAGUGUCAAAUCAGGACGUAAAGAAGGAUGCUAACUUAUUGGGUCUUCGCCGAACCUGUAUCAUGCUGAUGGAAUGUCUCUGUGAUUUCCUGAGCAGCUCAGGUUUUGUUUCUAAUGUGAUUUCAGAAGAUAUCAAGGACAGGGCAAAAGCAGUUGCUGAAGAAUGGAAACCCAGGCUGGAUGCUCUUGACAUGGAUGCUAGCAAUGGGAAUUCCUUGGAGGCUCAUGCAUUUUUACAACUUCUUGCUAGUUUUGGAAUUGCCUCUGGUUUUGAUGAGGAGGAGUUAUCUAGAUUGAUUCCAAUGGUGUCUCGGCGCCGCCAAACUGCUGAUUUAUGUCGUUUUCUUGGGCUGUCAGAAAAGAUGCCUGGUGUAAUUGAGGUUUUGGUGAACAGUGGGCGACAAAUUGAUGCUGUUAACUUGGCUUUUGCAUUUGAUCUUACUGAACAGUUUUGUCCUGUUUCUUUACUGAAGUCUUACUUGAAAGAUGCUAGAAAAGCUUCUUCUCCUGUUAGAAGUGCUCACUCUUCUCCCACUGCACAGAUUGAGGUGAAUGAACGAGAGCUGGUUGCACUUAAGGCUGUAAUCAAGUGCAUUGAAGAACAUAAACUUGAUGAGCAGUAUCCUCUGGAUCCUCUCCAGAAACGAUUGGUGCAGCUAGAGAAGGCCAAAGCAGACAAGAAGAGGGAAACUGAAGCAACAAAGCCUCAACCCAAGAGACCUCGUGCAAAUGGUGUGGGAUACGGUCCACGUGUCACUAACAUUCUUUCGGAUAAAACUUGCUAUGCUAGAGUUGCUGACAGGUAUCCACAAUACGUGUAUGACCGACCACCUUACAUGUACCCUGCACCCACUGAGAAUCAUUGCCCCCCUCUCAUGACCACUGCAACAUAUAACAUCUCUCCCAGCCAUGGCAACUACUUUGGAAAUGGGUAUCAGUACCAAGCCUCAUAUCUCCACUAGAGUUAGCUGAUAUGUGAAAACAGGCAACUAUGAUCCUUUUGUUUAAUAUCUAGUCUUUAACCUUUAAGCUGUUGUAUGUUGCACUUCCUCAAUGUAGUCUUAAGAACCUCUGAAAAGAGGUAAAAUGACGAGCUAAAAUUUAACUUUUGUAGCACAAGAUAUUCUGAUCCUCUAAUGUAUGAACUCUGUUCUCGUUUUGUACGCUCUUACUUUUACGCUUUUGUGGUA